AUGCAGAUUCCGACUAGAACUCAGACCCCCCUCCUCUUCUUGGCUGUACUGCUCCCGGCGGUUACAGCCUCCAAUGAAUACUGCAGCUUGAAGUCAUCAUAUCCAGCACCAGUCCUCUCGAAUGGAUGGAGUGCUCAGUUGAUCGCCCAAAAUUUGACGAAGCCACGGGGAAUCAUACUCGACUCUGCGGGCGACCUCCUCGUCGUCGAGCAAGGGGUCGGCAUAGUCCACCUGGGGUUGAUUGAUGGCGGCUCAACUUGUUUAGAGGUAGCAAAGAAGACGACCUUAAUAGACUCUCCUUUAUUAACCCACGGCAUUGCGCUCUCGACUGACCAACGCACCCUUUAUGCCUCAUCCUCAGACGCAGUUUAUGCAUGGCAGUACGACGCAAAGGGGCCUUUAGUGAGUGGAGACAACCAAACUUUGAUUGAUGGAAUGAGCGGCGAUGAUCAUGUAACACGAACGCUUUUGAUAUCCCAGAUGGUUUCGCAGACGCUGGUGGUUUCCAGGGGCAGCGUUUCCAAUCUCGACCUGGAGGCUGAAGAUAUUAGGACCGGACACUCGCAGAUCAGGGCAUUCGAUUUAGAGGACAAGGCGAUGACCUCAAAUUCCACGCCUUACGAUUUUGCAACACAAGGUCGUAUACUUGGAUGGGGCCUAAGAAACUCAGUUGGCGUGGCCGAGGAACCGCUUACUGGGGGCAUUUACAGCGUCGAGAAUUCCGCAGAUAUGAUAGAGAGGGACAAUGUCGAUAUCCAUCAGAACAAUCCUGGAGAGGAGCUGAACUACCAUGGUUUUCUCAACAGUUCGACGGAUAAGAACCAGGGCGGAAAUUACGGCUAUCCUUACUGCUUUGCACUUUAUAAUACGAGCAUACCGAACCUUGGAAAGCUGAAGGUGGGCAGCCAGUUCUCGCUGGACCAAAACAGUACGGUCAAUGACAAGUUUUGUCAAAAAAACCACACUGCUCCUCUACUCACUUUCCAGGCGCAUAUGGCCCCUCUAGACAUCAAAUUCGAACCUAAUGGAACAGAAGCUUAUAUUUCUCUGCACGGCAGCUGGGAUCGCGAUAACCCCACAGGCUACAAAGUCUCUUCCAUCGCAUUCUCAAACGGCUCACCAGUCGCUGCUCCAGACAGCACGAACUCUCUCACAGAUAUCAUGACGAAUCCUGAUAACUCCAAAUGCCCAGACAAUUGCUUCCGCCCUGUGGGAUUGGCCUUGGAUUCCUACGGCCGUCUCUUCAUGUCCUCAGAUGCUACGGGUGAGAUUUAUGUCUUGGUGAAGACAAGCACCGCAACGCCAACGUCGACAUCUCCCUCUUCAACGAAGUCGAAGAGUGGUGGUCUGCGCGUGCGAAGUAGUCUGGCUGUGUUUUUAGUACCUGGCGUGGUUAUUUCGCUUUCACUGUGGUUGCUUUGA